UAUUGCCUUUCGCUUAUCUUCCCCUCCAGCGUGGGUCUUCUUACUUGGCUCCUUGUUUCGAUAUUUAAUGUCCUUUACCCUGACCAGUCCGCAGAACUGCCUACGAUACCCAUAUUUCGAAUCGGCUAUGGUCUGAUGGUGGUAACUUGGGCUCUAGCGUGUAACAAAAUCUGGCGCCGGCAGCAAUCACAAUUUGCAGAGGAUUGGAUGUCGCCAGUAUUUGCGAAUGCGGCUGAUAUGUCGGGCUGGGUGAGCACGCACAUGGAGCAGUUGAGGCCCGCGUUUCGAGGCACUCUGCGGGUCUGUCCUAUCAAGGGUGAGAUGGAACUACACUUUCCAGCCUCCAAACGACGCAUUCUAUACUUCCUUUCGGCUUCUGUCACGCUCUGUUGUGUCCUCUUUGCUCUCUGCAUAAACGUACUGCUAUUGAAUUUGGAGGGUGUGAUCGACUCCGAGCGCUCACCACAUUUGCACUUCCGUUUCAUCGGCUCUCUGUGCGAUCCUGGAAGAAUGUUUGAUCCGAAAAACGGUUCACUCAGAUUCAUUCCGGGUGUUCUCCAUCCCUUGGUCGUUUUCUUUAUCAACCAGGUCGUCUUUCGUCAAAUUGCUGAAAGACUCACAGACAUGGAAAACCAUGAGACCCAACUCAAUUGGGAUCGUUCUUUAAUAGUCAAACGAUUCCUCUUUGAAGCUGUUGAUGCAUACGCCUCUCCCUUCUAUCUUGGGGUGAUUCUGGUAGACUGGAACGCGCUACAGUUAUUCUUGAUGACUACCUUCGCGACGGACUCCAUUCGGCGUCUCACUGUCGAAUGUUUUAUGCCUUGGUUCAGUUCUUACUGGCGUGGUCGUCAAGUUACCGCCGCUGCUCUUGCCCACAAAAAGUCAGACGACGCACUGGAAGAGAGUGAAGUGCAAACGAAUGUAGUACUUGCUGCAGUUUUUGGAGUUGAAUAUGAGCCUUUUGAUGACUUCCUUGAGAUGGUCCUUGAGCACGGUUACAUUGUCCUCUUCGCCGUCGCCUGUCCACCCUAUCUUGCUUGCAUGGCCUUUGUGUGCGCCUGGGUGGAAUUCUUCUUUGAUGCCUUCAAGCUACUUCAACUACUACGACGUCCGAUGGCGCAGUGGCUGCACCGAAAACAGAACAUCUGGCUCGUGUUGCUUUCUGUACAAGCCUGGCUGGCCAUUUUCUCAAACCUCUGUCUCCUUUCUCGUUAUACCCAAUGGAACCUGCCUACAUUGUUCCUCUUAGAGCAUGUGCUCAUUGGCAUUGGCCUUAUCAUCGAGUUGGCCUUCUCUGAUACACCCAUAGCUGCCAAAAACGCCUUCAGGAAGAGAGUGUACGAACGCUAUAAGCGCCAACCUUCCGUCAAGCAGUGA